AUGGAAAGAGCGUUUGAGAUACAGAAACAAGUCCGUGACAAUGCCAAGACUUUUCAGACUUACAUCACUGACUUACAAAAUUGGGAGGCAGAGAUGAAACGAAAAGAAGCCGCGCUUAAUGGUGAUUUCGCGCAGGACCUACCUCCUGUAAGAAGUAAGGUGAAGAGUGAAAAACCAGUGCAAGUCAAGAAGCCAGAAAAGAAGAUCGCGUCUUCAAACUACAGUGCGUGGGAAAAGUUCGACGUUGAGAAAGCAUGUGAGGAUAUAGAUAUGGCAGAAAUAGGACCUGUGUCCUUGGAUAGCAAGAAGAGCCAGAAAGAAAAACAAGAGAAGCUUAGAGAGGAAGCACAGUAUGAAAAAGAAAGGGGUAAUGCCUUUGUGAAGCAAGAAAAGUGGGAUGAAGCCAUAAAAUGCUACAACAGAGCUAUUGAAUUGGUGAAGGAUGAUGCUAUAUAUUAUGCCAACAGAGGCUUGUGCUAUCUCAAAAAAGAUAGCCUACACCAAGCGGAAACCGACUGCACAGAAGCGCUCAAGCUUGAUCCCACAUAUGUUAAGGCCCUCCAACGACGCGCCACGGCCAGGGAACGCCUGGGCUCUCUCCGUGCCGCCUCUAAUGAUUUAAAUGAAGUUCUGAAACUAGAGCCAAACAAUAUAGCGGCCAAAAAGCAACUUGAGGCAAUUAAGGCCCGAAUGGGAACAAAAGGCUCAAAAUCCAAAUCUUCACCAACUUCUGAAUCUAAACUAUUCAAGGAUAUACUGAAGCCCAAGGUACAGCCAAAGAUUAUAGAGUUGCCUGAUAAACCGAUGAAAAGUCAGGAAUUGAGUGCACUGGAAAAAUGGCAAUCUGGACUGGGAGAGGGUAUAACUGUUAUGAGACCCGUAAAGAAACCUCCCCAUUUGCGAUCAAAGAGAGCAUUAAAGUCUAUCCCCAUACAAGAAAUACCAUUAGGAAAAUCAUCACCUGAAAAGCUCCCGACUAGGAUGAAGAUUGUUGAGAUAGAAGAUAAUUUAGGACAAGGCGAUACAAAUAACAAUGAUUCAAACAAAUUAAAAAAUAAAUCAGAAGAAACAAAUAGUGAUAUCAAAGUUAAAGGAGAAGGAGACACAAAAUUAACUAGCCCUGAAUCUUUAAAGCUGAUUACCGAUUCAGUGGUAACGGAAAAAGAAAUGUGUGUUCACAAUUUGGUACCGCCAGUGAAUAGUGUUCAAUUUAUGUCCGUGUGGAAGAAUCUUAAGGGUCAAGGUGGAGUAAGAAGCAAAUAUUUAAGUAUUAUUGAGCCAAGCAAAAUUCCCUUGAUCUUCGAAAAUGCCCUAGAAAGUGACGUACUGUCGGAAAUACUUCAAAUUCUUUAUGAAGACAAGGAAAAGUUCAGGGAAAAAUCUAUAACGGCUUAUCUUAAAGGUCUCUGUAGAGUGAAAAGAUUUUCUGCCUUGGCUAUGUUCCUGUCAACUAAUGAUAAGAAAUUAUUAAACAAUUUGUUGGAGCACUGUAAAACGGUGGAAAAGUGUAAGGAAGAAGAAAUCCUUGAUCUGAAGAACAAAUUUGAACUUUGA